GAUGAACGGGACCUCUAGUCCUAGUUUUGUGAGGAAUCUCCGCAGAUUUCCAGUGAGGUUACAUUCAUACGUAUUCUUGAGUGACCAAAAGGUAACAAAGGGUGUGUGUGCGCGCGCGUGUGUGCGUGUAUCCUAACCAUUUCUUUCUCUCUUGCUUUCAGUCUUAGCCACAGUAUCUUUAGAUUUUAAUGGAAGGAAAUCCUGUAGCACUGGACACAACAUUGAUGUGAUUUUUCGAACGCACGAAGUUGCUCGUUUCAUUAGCUCCAAUUUGCAUGAAUCAAAUGUUUCUUUUCAUUUCAUGCCGCUUGCUGUAAGGAGAAUGAGAACAGCUUACCGGGCAGUAACACCCGGGUUUCGCUUUCCUGACACAGCAUGUGUUUGAGGAUUUACCUCUCCCCAGGUCUGGGAACUAGGAUGGGCCCCGCCGUUGUUAGAGCGCUUCCCGGCGUGGGGCUCCGCCGGCCCCUCCCCGCGCAGCGCCAGUUGUGCUUCAGAUUUAACAACGACCGAAUUCCGAAAGAGCUGGCAGGCUGAGCACCGGAGGCGCUUUCCUUCCAGCGGAGAAGCAGUGCAGGCGCGGCUGUCCCCGCAGCCCGCUGCCGCGAUCCUCCCGGGCUCCGACCCACGCAGGUCCCCAUCCACACGCAGCGCCUGCUCUCCGCGCUCCAGGCCCGGGGGCCGGUAAACCGAGGCUCGGGCCCCCGCCGAACCUCUUGCCAGAGCUGUGAAAGGGAAGAGAAGGAAUCAUGUCAACGAUUGCGGCUUUCUACGGCAGCAAGUCCAUUCUCAUCACAGGCGCCACCGGCUUCCUGGGCAAAGUGCUGAUGGAGAAGCUGUUCCGCACCAGCCCAGAUCUGAAAAUCAUUUACGUCCUUGUGCGGCCCAAGGCUGGGCAGACACUGCAGCAGAGGGUUUUCCAGAUCCUCAACAGUAAGCUCUUUGAGAAAGUCAAAGAAAUUUGUCCGAACGUGCACGAGAAGAUCAGACCUGUUAGUGCGGAUCUUAACCAGCAUGACUUUGGCAUCAGCAAGGAAGACAUGGAUGAGCUUCUGUCCUCCACCAACAUUGUCUUCCACUGUGCAGCCACCGUACGAUUUGACGACCCUCUGCGACACGCUGUGCAGCUGAACGUCACUGCCACCCAGCAGCUCCUGUCCAUGGCAAGCCAGAUGCCCAAGCUUGAAGCCUUCAUACACCUCUCCACGGCCUUUUCUAAUUGCAACCUGAAGCACAUAGAUGAAGUGAUCUAUCCCUGUUCUGUAGAACCAAAGAAAAUCAUUGACUCCAUGGAGUGGUUGGAUGAUGCCAUCAUUGAUGAGAUCACUCCCAAGCUGAUUGGGGACCGACCCAACACCUACACCUACACCAAGGCCCUGGGAGAGAUCGUGGUGCAGCAGGAAGGCGCGAACAUGAACAUCGCCAUCAUCAGACCCUCCAUCGUGGGCGCCACCUGGCAGGAGCCCUUCCCGGGUUGGGUUGAUAACCUAAAUGGACCCAAUGGGCUCAUUAUUGCGGCUGGGAAAGGGUUUCUUCGGGCCAUCAAAGCUACUCCAAUGGCCAUUGCAGAUUUAAUCCCAGCAGAUACAGUUGUCAAUCUCACCUUAGCAGCAGGCUGGUACACUGCAGUGCACAGACCUAAGUCAACAUUAAUCUACCACUGUACGUCUGGUAAUCUCAACCCCUGUAACUGGCUCAAAAUGGGAUUACAAGUCUUGGCAACCUUUGAAAAGGUCCCAUUUGAGAAAGCUUUCAGGAGGCCAAAGGCUGACUUCACAGCCACCAGCUUCACGACCCACUACUGGAAUGCCGUCAGCCACCGGGCCCCUGCCAUCAUCUACGACGUCUACCUGCGGCUCACAGGGAGGAAGCCCAGGGUGACGAAGCUCAUGAACCGGCUUCUCAGAACCAUUUCCAUGCUGGAGUACUUCAUCAACCACAGCUGGGAGUGGAGCACGCACAACACAGAGAUGCUGAUGUCGAUGCUGAGUCCCGAGGACCAGAGAAUGUUUAACUUCGACGUGCGCCAGCUGAACUGGCUGGAGUAUAUCGAGAACUAUGUCGUGGGGGUGAAGAAGUAUUUGCUGAAAGAGGACAUGGCAGGGGUCCCCGAGGCCAGGCAACACUUAAAAAGGCUCCGAAACAUUCACUACCUCUUUAACAUCGCCCUCUUUCUUAUCAUCUGGCGCCUGCUCAUUGCAAGAUGGCAGACGGCACGGAAUGUCUGGUUCUUCAUCGUGAGCUUCUGUUCCAAGUUCCUGUCCUACUUCAGGGCAUCCAGCACACUCAAGCUCUAAGGAUGUGCAGUGGUCACCUUUUGUCUGGCCCCCUUGGAUACCUUUAAAGCAGUGAACUGUGGUUCUCAAGAUGAGGAAGUAAUAAGGAGCAUGCCCACGCUACCCAGUGGCAAAUACAUGGCUAUGUAUUCAGCCCUAUUUCUUAACAGUACAUUCUUUUUAUUUCAGUGAAAGUCAGUCAUAAGCCCAGCUAUCACCAUACAUAUUUUAUGAAAAAGGCACGUCCAGAUGACUUCUUGCCACUCUGUGCUCCUGCAUAUUAAACAUGAAAGUGCUACCACUGUUCUACAUUUAGCUUUUGUUUUCUCUUUAAGACAAUUCAACUCAGUAAACAUGGACACAGGGUAAAAGCCAAAAUAAGCUUUAAAAAUAGGCAGAACUGACCUUAGAGCCCUGGAAAUCAAGAUGAGGAACAGUGCUCUCAACAGCUUUGCAAAGGCUGUGAGAAGUUACUGCCACAGGAAAUGUCUAAAUCCUGCUGGGGUGGUGGGGUGGGAGGGUGGGAGAGAAAAGUGGGCUCACAUUUACCAUUUUUAACUACAUACACUUCAGUCUAAAGAUGAGUAAGUAGUGUAAAUGCAUAUAGUAGGAGGACUUAAACAUUUGUACUGGGAACUCUAGCUUAUUGUACGUCAAAAUCAAUGGCUUCUCAGAGUGGAGCAACUUUUACUCUACAUCUUUUUAAUCACUAGUUUUCCUGAUAAUCUUAUUUUCUUGGAGACAGGGUCUUGCAAUGUGGUUCAGGCUGGCCGCAAACUCGUGACAAUUCUGCCUCAGCCUCCCAAAUUUUGGAAUUACAGCUGUGCACCAUCACGCCGGGCUUUCCUGAUGAUCUUGACAGUUAUCUUGUUCAUGAAAGUUUUGAAGCCCUUAUACUUAAGCUUAUUUUACUGGGGCCUCAGCUAGAGAGGCUAAAUGGGGAGGGAAAAGCUCAUACAUUAGAAUAAAAAAAAGGCACCUCAUCUUUCCUAUUAAAGAAAGCAAAAUUUCAGAUAAAAACUUACAUUCUAGCUUUAGUCUUCUAUAAAGUGGAGAUCACAAGAGAUGUGUUUUGACCAUUCUAACUGCAUGUUAACUGUAUGAAACAAUGUACAGUAGAAAAGCAGACUUCAUUAGGUAAGUUUUACGCAGAGGGUUAUUUUGCUUAAAAUAUUUUCCAUAUAUUACAAAGUAGUAAAAGCUUUAUACUGUUUUCAAAUUCCCACACUAAUAACUGUUAUUCCAACUUUUCUCAUAUUUUGAGAUCAGUGCAUGUUGGAUCACAUUUCUUUGUGCUAAAAACAUGUCAUAAUAUUCAAAUAUAGUGUCUGGGACCCAAGCAAUUAAAAAGUAAUCAUUAUACAGCCAGUUGACAAUCACACAGGUACAAAACAUAAACAGAAUAGAGUUAUGUUUAUACUCAUGUUUAGAAGAACUACUGAUACUUGAAAAGUACACACAGCCCUCUGGGCAGGAGGGUAUUUACUUGAGACUCUCCUGAGUUCCAUGAAGGCAUUUUGGGGAAACUCUUCUGGGAAGUGACUUUCCCACGUAAUCUAAAAUCUGGGGACCACUUUCCAUGGCAGAAAACUCCACUCUGAGCAAGCACUGCUGACAGUACUCUGAGAUGUCUGCAUGAUACUUCUAAGACACAGCCGUUAGGAUACAAACUAUGGGUAUGAUAAAAUUAUGAAAUCGAUACUCAAUGCGAUUGGAUAAAAACAGUUCUAAGAAUUUACUCUUUUGAUUAUUGUAUGUUUGAUCAAUUCAUUAACUCCACUGAUCACAUUUUGACCUUUGAUUAAAUAAACUUUGAAGUAGAAA